UACAUUGAAAUUUUUGAACAACCCAGGCAAAGAGGCAUGCGUUUCAGAUACAAAUGUGAGGGAAGGUCAGCAGGCAGCAUUCCAGGAGAACACAGUACUGAAAACAAUAAGACGUUCCCUUCCAUACAGAUUCUGAACUAUUUUGGAAAAAUCAAAAUAAGAACCACACUGGUAACAAAGAAUGAACCCUACAAGCCUCACCCUCAUGAUCUGGUUGGAAAAGACUGCAGAGAUGGCUACUACGAAGCAGAGUUUGGGCCAGAACGCCGAGUCCUGUCUUUUCAGAAUUUGGGCAUUCAGUGUGUGAAGAAGAAAGACCUGAAGGAAUCGAUUUCUUUACGAAUCUCGAAGAAGAUUAACCCCUUCAAUGUGCCUGAAGAACAGCUGCACAACAUCGAUGAGUAUGAUCUCAAUGUCGUCCGCCUCUGCUUCCAAGCAUUUCUCCCUGACGAACACGGCAACUACACGUUAGCUCUUCCUCCUUUGAUUUCCAACCCCAUCUAUGACAACAGAGCUCCCAACACCGCAGAAUUGAGAAUUUGUCGUGUGAACAAGAACUGUGGAAGCGUAAAAGGAGGUGACGAGAUAUUUCUACUGUGUGACAAAGUUCAGAAAGAUGACAUAGAAGUCAGAUUUGUCUUGGACAACUGGGAGGCCAAAGGUUCCUUCUCACAAGCUGAUGUUCACCGUCAAGUUGCAAUUGUGUUCAGAACACCGCCGUUUCUCAAAGAUAUCACCGAGCCUGUCACGGUGAAGAUGCAGCUGCGAAGACCUUCAGACCAGGAAGUCAGUGAGCCUAUGGAUUUCAGAUACCUACCAGAUGAAAAGGAUCCAUAUGGCAACAAAGCAAAAAGACAAAGAUCAACACUGGCUUGGCAAAAGCUCAUACAGGACUGUGGAUCAAAUGUGACCGAGAAGCCCAAAGUGACUUCGUUCCCCACUAUCACUUCUGAACGGAAGCUGAUUAAGAAAGAACCAAACCUGUGUCCAUCCACACUGAUGAUGCCAGGGCUAGGAACCCUGGACAGCCCCAGUCAGAUGUACUCUGUGGGCAGCCAGCUCGCGCAUCCGCCUGUGCCAGUGGGGCCAGGGAAGCAGGACACGCUCUCCUCGUGCCAGCAGCUCUACAGCAACUCUUCUUCAGCCGGCAGCCUGCUCAACGCACACCCACAGCACAGCCUGCUGCCUCAAGGCUCACUCCCAGCUUACCAGGAGAACCCUCUGAACUGGCCUGAUGAGAAGGAUUUGGGUUUCGACUGGAAUUUAGGUGGCAUAAGUGGGAUGGGAGUGGGGCUGUCAACUCCAGACCUGCAGAGCAUUUCUAGUAACAGCAUCACGCACCAGGCCCAUCUCACCAGCACUUCCACAGCCAGCACCGUGAGCAUGGAGACUGAUGACAUGAACUGCACUAGUAUGUACUUAGAAAAGUAUAACCCAGUGUUAAACACAAGCAAUCACAGGCAGCAGCUUCAUCAGGCACCUCCAGCUUGCCCAUCUGUAGCAGCCCCAGGCAGUGCACCUUUUAAUUCACACUCUAACUUAGAUGAUCCAUCAGUUUAUGGCUUUUUAGACCAAGUGUUAAACCAAUCAAGACCAUUCACCAACCCAAUCCCAAACCAUCAGAAUAACAUUGUAGAUAUCCAGUAUUAUGACACUGUUGGUGUCUCCACUGAAGAGCUCUAUCAGUCUUUACAACUUGAAACCAUGUUGCAAAGCAAUAACCAUUGAGCCAGCAGUGUUGGGAUGGAAGUGGGUAUGUAAGGCUUUUCUGAUG